AUGAGAAAAGGAAAACCAAGACAUGUGCCAAUGUUUUUAAGAAGUGAAAAUAAAAAAAUAUUUUUUACAUUUUUUUCAUAUUUUAUGCCAAAAAAUGAUUUAAACUUUAUAUUUGAGUAUUAUGAUAUUGGAUUAAUUGUGCUUACAAAAAUACACAACAUAAGAAAAAAAUAUGAAGAUGAAAAAAACAAUUUACAAAAUCAAGAUAAUAAAUCAGAUAUAGAUGAUAUAGAAUCAUUUGAUGAAAAGGUUAGAACAUUUUUUUUAAAUUAUAAAAUAAAAUCUAAUAAAGAAGAAACAAUUGAUAAUAAAAAAUUAAAAAAUGAAAAGCACAAAAAAAGUAAAAGAAAUGUUUUAAAUAAUGAAAAUAAUCAAGAACAUUUAAAUAAAAAGGUAGGACUUAAAACUAAUAAUGGUUUGGGAGCUCAACAAGCAAAUAAAGAAACAAAUAAUUUUUCAAAUGAAAAUAAAGAAUUGUUUAAAAUUAAUGGAAGUGAAAUAAUAAAUGCUAAUUUAAAAAAAAAAAAUAAAAAAGUUAAAGCACAAGAAAGCAUCAAUAAUAGUGAAUCAUAUUUAAAAAGUGUAAAACUAGAAAUAGACAAAUGUAGUGAGACUAAUCAAUCACUUUCAAAAAAUGAAUGUGAUAAUAUGAAUAUUAGUAACUUAAAUAAUAAUAAUGCAAAUUCGAUAACAAAAGCAAACGAUUUAAACGAAAUAGAGCAUGAUAAUAUGGUGGUAAAAACCAACAAAGAACAAAAUAAAGAAAAAAAAGAAAAAAGUAAUGAAAUUGAAAAAAGAAUAAAAAAAGAAGAAAAUAUUGAAAAUAAAGAAAAAAUUGAAAUAAAAAAAGAAAUAAAUGAAAAUGAAGAGAUGUACGAGAAUGAAGAAGAAAUAGGCGAAGAUGAAACGAAUGAAGAUAAUGAAAAACAUAAACAAAUGAUGAUGAGAGAACUUAAAAAAGUAAAAAAGGAUUUAAAUUUAAUGGAGAAUACUGAAGAAAUAGAAAAAAAAAAGGUAAAUGAUGAUACGAAAAUAGAAAAAGAAUCAGAUAUCAUUAGCUUUCCUUUAAAAAAAAAAAACGAAACAUACAAAAAAUUUAGUAAAAGAAUUAAUAGAAAAAAAAUAAAUGAGUUUGUUGAUGAUCAUGAUGAUUAUUGUUUUUAUAUAACAGAUCUAUGUAAGAAAGGAACCAUGCUUUCUUUGAAAAAAAAUGAAUUAAUAAAUGAUAAGAAUGAAAAGUAUAAAUUAAAUUCUUCUAAAUUUAUGGAUAUCUCAGAAAAUAAUAAAAAUUGCUCAUUUAAUGAAUCACAUUCAUUAAACAAUAAUUUUAUAAAUACUAAAUUAAAUGAACAUUUUAAAGAAAAUAAAAUUAGUGAAUUAAAAAAUUUACAAAAAUGUAAAGAAAGUUUUCCGCAAAAUUCAACAUCAAUUAAUGAAAAUAUAAUAUUACAGAAUGCUUACCAGAUGGUUAACAAUAAUAACGGCUAUAAUUUAAGUAAUAUAGAAAAUUUACAACAUAAGGAUAAUUUUACAACAGAUAAAAAUUUGCAGAACUCUAUAUAUUACCUUAAUGGACAAAAUGCAUAUCUAAGAAACUCACUUGAUGAAAAUAACAUUAACUAUUUCAAUUUAAACAUUAAAAACAAAAACAAUGUUGAAAAUAAAACUGAAAUAACAGAUGAAGAACAGUAUUUUAAAUUUCUAGGUAACAAUGAAAAUAUUAUGAAUGAUAAAAAAAAAUCUUAUAUAAAAUAUGAAAAAACUAAAAAAAUUUCCCAAAAUAAAAGCAGAAAAAAAAAUUAUAGUGAAAAUAAUAAAAAAUUAACUUAUUUAAAUGAUCAAUCAAGCUAUGAUUUUGCAAAUAAUAAAACAAUUCAAAUGAAGAAUCAGCAGUUAUAUCCCGAUAGUAAUUAUGAUCAUUAUAACAUUAAUAAUCAAAACGGUUAUAACAAUUUUUAUUCAAAUAACAUAAAUGAAAUAAAAAAUGAUAUUAAUGAACAAAAUAAUUAUACUAACAAUAAUAAUGGAAAUAAUAAAGGUAAUACGAAAAAUGAGAAUAUUAAUAAUCAGAUUUUUCAUUCGAAUGAUAUAAAUAAUUAUGGAAGCAAUUUUAAUGUAAACACAUAUCAAAAUAGUACAAAUAAUAUAAAUUACAAUAUGAAGAAUUUGAGUACUAAUUCAAUUGAUAAUAGUUCAAAUAUAAAUACUUCAAAUAGUGAUUCAAAAAAUAUUGGUAAUAAUAAUUAUUAUACUCACAAUCAGAUUAGUAAUAAUUUCGUUAAUAUAAGCAGAAAUAAUGAAAAUAAUUUUGCUAACUACAACAUAAAUAUUAACUAUUUAAAAAAUGAUGCUGAUGGAACUAAUUAUACACAAAAUGGUUAUGAUGAAAACGAUAACAUUGAUGAUGAUGAUAAUAAUAAUAAUGAUAAUGAUAAUAAUUACGUAAAAAUGAAUAUGAAAAAUGAUAUAUAUAUAAACGACAAUAUUAACAAUAGUAUUUAUUUUAAUAAUAAUGAGGAGAUAAAUAACUAUACGAAAAGUUAUAUAAGAAAUAGUUGUACUAAUGAGAAUGUAUUUAAUAAUUAUUCCAACAUUUUGACUGAUAAUGUGAAUGAUUCUUCUAAUAGUGCAAAUAUUACUACAUAUAUCGAAAAUUGUAACAACAGUAACAUUUAUGAUAUAAAAAACAAUGAUAAAAAUGAGUAUAAUGGGAAACAUACAUCUAGUUACAUUAAUAAAAUGAGAAAUACGCAAUAUAAUAGUAAUAAUAAUAUGAUACAAAAUGAAAUUUUUAAUAAAAUAAAUGAAAAUAAUACUAAAGAUCAAAAUAUGCUUUCAAUGAAUAAAAAUAAUUCUCAAAGUAGUCAGGAAGAACAAUUGAAUCACUUUCUUGUUCCUUUAACAAAUGUUCAAAGUAAUAAAAAAAAUACAUAUAAGAACAGCAUAUAUACACAAAAUGAUAAUAUAAGAGAGCACAAUUUUUCAUUCAAUUUCUUUAAUGAUAAUACUAAUUUUAAUAAUAGUAAUUUUAUGAAUUUAAAAAAGAUUAAAGAGGAAAUAGAAGGAUCUACAAGAAAUUCAAAAAAUUCAAGCAUUUAUGAAACAAAAAGUAAAAUGGAUAUUCCAAAUAAUAAAUCAAAUAUGCAAAAUGUAUAUAAUAAUUAUUCUAAAAUGAUUGAAAAUAAUUAUGGUGCUUCAAACCUAGUUAGCAAUCAAAUAAUAAAUAAUGAUUUAAAUUUAAAAUAUUUAAAUAAUAAUUCGUUAGAUGAAAGAGAAGAAAAAAAAAAAGAAAAUUUGGAAAAAAAGACAAAUUUAAAGGAGGAAAAAGAUGAUUAUGAGGAAAACACAAAAACACACAGUAUAAUAGUUAAUAAUGAAAAUAUUAAAGAAUAUAAUUACUUGAUUAAUGCUAUUAAAAAUGAAAAUCCAAACUUAUAUAAUAUAAGUAGAAGUAAUAUAAAUAAUGGAGAAAUCGAAUUAAACAAUGAUUCAAUUAAAACACAAAAUCAAAAUGAAGAUUCUCAAUUUUUAGAUGAAAAAAAAAAAUAUAUUAUAAAAAAUAGCAAUAACAUUGCAUAUUCUAUUUCAAAAAAUAUACCUGGGAAGAAAAUUGGAAAUCAAAUUACUAAUCAGUAUAAUUAUGUAGAAACUGAUUUAGAAAAAAAAAGAAAAAAAUUAAUUCAGGAUGAUUACGAUAAAAAUAUUUCUUAUCAUCAAUUAAAAGAAAAAUUUUUAUAUAACGAAAAAAAUUCUUUAAAAAAAAUACAAGCGGAAAACAAAAGUUCAGUUCAUCAUUAUAUUGAUUCAAAAAAUAACUUAAUGGAUGAAAAUAACAAAAUUGUUGAUCAAUUUUUAUUGAAUAACUAUGAUACGAAAAAUGUACAAAUGAAUGACUCUUCCUUGUUAUUACGAAAUGUAGGAAAUAAUAAAUAUAUAAUACCAAGUAAUAUUGAAAAUGAUCAGGUAGACAAUAAUAUUAAUAAUGUAAACUGCUUGAAAGAUGAAAAUGUUAUCUAUAACAAUGAAGAUUAUUAUAAAAUUAAGAAUAUUAAUAAAAAUUUAGCUCAAAAUAGUAAAUCUUACAUUAUGGCAAAACAUGGAUGCUAUAAGAAUACUCAAAAUAAUUUAAUUGAAAUAAAGCCGAAUUUUAACAACCUUAAAUACAAUGAUAAAUAUAAUUAUGAAAUUACAGUUAAAAAUAUGGAUAAUAGUAAUACUGAUAUGACAAAAAAUAUUAAUAUUGACAUUAUAAGAAAUGAAAAUAGUAAUUGUAGAAAUAAUAUAAUAGAUUCAAAAGUAAGUGUAAAUGAAGAAAUAAAUACUGCAAAUGAUUUUUUAAAUAAUGAUAAUUCUAAUUUUAAUAAUUACAUGAUUAAUGAUGAAAUAAACACUUUAGAAUAUGCAAAAUUUUACACAGAUGACAAUGCUGAAACAAAAUCCUUCUCAGAAAUAAACGAUAAAAAUUCUGCAAAAAAUAUUUUAUAUAUAAAAAAUAAAGAAGAUUUUGAAAUGAAUGAUUUGGGGUUAGUAACAGAUAUAGAAAAUUAUAAUUAUAAAAAUAAAUCUAAUAGUUAUAUUAAAGAAAUGAAAGCUAAUAGUUGUAAUCUGAAAGUAUUACAAGAUUUAGACAAUUAUAUUAUUAAUGAAAAUAAAAAUUAUAAUCAAGAAUUUAUUGAUAAUUUCAGUUGUAAUGGAAAAUUAGAAAAACUAAACUUAAAUAAUGAUGAUUCAAAAAAUAUGUAUGAUACCUUUUAUAAAAAGAAUUAUUCCAAAAAUGAUAAUUAUAAUAACGAAAACAUCAUAUAUGCUAAUAACUUAAAUAAAAAUUUUAAAAAUAAUUCUAAAAAUUCCUUUGUAUUUUAUGAUUCCUCAAGUAAAUAUGCAGAAGAAAAAAAUAUAAAUGAUGAAAAUAAUAAACAUCCUAAUAAUAAUACAUCAUUAUAUGAAAAUAUGAAUAAUAAUGAUAAUUUUAACCAAGAAAUGUUUGAUAAUAAAGAUAGAAUAAUGACACAAUCUUCAAAAUCUUUAAAUUUUCCUACAUCUAAUAUUUAUUGUGACAAUAAUAAAACAACUGAAUUAAAUGAAAAGGGUCAUAUGGAUUCUCAAAACUUUUUAAAUAAUAAUUACAAUAAAAUAAGUGAAAAUUUUCUCAAAAAAAAUAUAGAGUCAAGUAAUAAUAUAUAUAAUAUUCACAACACUACUCAUAAUAAUUAUUCAAAUGAAUGUUUUUUUAAUAGAGAAGAUGGAAGCAAUGAAGUAGGUAACUUGAUGACAGAUCAGUCACAUUAUUAUUUAAAUGAUUUAAAUAACAAAAAAAUUAUGAAUAAUUUAAAUACUAACAGUGUCAAUGAAAUGUUAAAAUUUAAUAACAGUAAUAAUAUUAACAGUGUUAAUAAUACUAAUGAUAUUAGAAAUAUUCAUAAUAACAUUUGCCAAAAUAAUUAUAAUGUUGAACAGAAUCAUUCUAAUAUUAAUGGAAAUUCAGUUUAUAACUUUGAUAAUAAUUAUAACAUAAAUAACAUUGAUCAACAUAGUAAUAUUAAUACUGUUCACAGUAAUAACGUCAGUAAUUGUAAUACCUAUAAUAAUUAUAAUAAUGUAGAUAUUAAUAACAAUUUAGAUAUAAUAAAGAUAAAAGAUACAAAUAAUAAUAAAAAUAAUGGAGCAAAUAAUUUUUCUAAUCUAAAUAAUUUAAGACAUGUAUAUUCAAACAAAGUUAAUAGCACAGAUUCUCAGUUAAAUCCAAUUAAUGAUCAUAAUGUAAAUGAUAAUUUCAGUGAAACCAAAAUUAAUGUAAUGGAUAAAUGUAAAAAUAUGAACGAUAGUAGUAUGCCUUAUAGUAUAGAAAAUAUUAAUUAUUUAAUGAAUAAAAUAGAUAAUUCUAAUUCAUUUUAUGAUAAUUAUAAACUUAUGAAUACUAUUAAUUGUAAUGAAAAAAUAUCUAGUGAUGAAAAUAUUUAUAAAGAUAGUAAUUUUAAUUUAAAAAAAUUGAAAAAUUUUUCGGCAAAUAAUACAUCAAAUUUUAAAAAUCCGUAUUUAUAUAUGAACAAAAAUACAAAUGCUGAAGAAGUUGAUACAAUUACUUAUGAAAAUAUAAAUGAAAUAAACAACAAUGUUGAUCAUAUAAAAAAUGAUUCUAGUAGUACUUGUUGUGAUAAUAAUAAUAAUAAUAGUAAUAAUGAGUUAAUAAAAAAUGAAAUAGUUUUAAACGGAUUAUAUGAUAAUAUCAAUUUUGAUAGUUACAAAAAUAAUACUUCAUUAAUAUUAGAUUUAAAUAAAAAUAAACAGAGGAAUAAUUUUUAUGAAUCUUACCCUACUGACCACAAAGAUAAGCAGAAGAAUAACAGUGAUAACUUAAAUAAUUCAACGAAUCUCAUAAAUUGCAAAACGGAGCAUUUUAAUAGCAAAAAUUCCUUCAACUUAUUAAGUAAUAAUAUAACUAACUUAAAUGAUUUUAAAAAUAUCAAUGAUUUAAAUAAUAUAAAUUGUUUAAAUGAUUUUAAAGAUACAGAUACUAUAAAUAAAUUAAUUGGUUGUAAUGACAAGAAUAAUACAAAUAUUAUUAAUAAUUUUAAAAAUAUAAAUGAGUUAAAUAGAGUCAUAGGAGUAAAGAAUAUGAAUGAUUCAAAAACAGACAACAUAAAUCUCAUUUUCAGAAAUAUAGAUAAAAUUAAUAAUGUAAGUAAUUCUGAUAAUUUAAAAAGUUUUUCAAACAAUAACAUGAAUAACAUAAAUGAUAAUAUUAACAAAAAUUUAAUUCUUGAUAAUUCAUAUACGAAUACAUUAGGAAAUAAUGGAAAUAUUUUUAAUAAAGAACAUUUAGAAUUUGAUCCUAAUAAUAUUAAUUUUUUAAAAAAUUAUAAUUUUAACAGUUACAUGUCUUUACUUCAACUAAAUAAAAUAAAUGAUUAUUAUAACUCAAUAAAUAAUAAAAAUUUAGUAAAUAAUCCUAAUUUUAAUUUAAAUGUUCCUUUACAUUUAGAAUAUAAUAACAUGAAUGUUUUUGCUAAUCAAAAAAAAAUAGAAUUUGAUAAACAAUCAAAUAAAUCAUAUAUUAAUGAAAUGAAUUCUAAUUGUGAAAAAAACACUAAUACUAUAAAUAAUUAUUAUGCUUCUUCUAUAUCUAAUAUUCAUAAAAAUAACAAAGAAGGAAAUGUAAAUAUUUCAAAAAGUAAUAUUAGUGACGAUUAUGUAAAUAAUUUUAAACAUCCAUACGUUUUUAAUAAUGGUAUUUUAAAUAUAGAUUCAAAAAAAAAUAUAAAUAAUGACAUUAAUAAAAAUUUUGUAAAUUAUGAAAAUCAAAUAAAAUAUAUAAAUAAUUCUAAGGGAAAUAUAGUUAAUUAUGAUAAUUAUAAUAUAAAUGAACAAAAUAAAAAUGCAAACUCUAUUUUUUCUUUAGAUUCAUUAAAAUAUAACUUAAUGAAUAACAAUUCUAAUUAUGUAAAUUUAUUAAAUAACAUAUGCAAUGUGUAUGAUGAUAAUUCUAAUAUUCAAGAUUCAUGUACAAAUAACAAAUUAAUGUUAAAUAAUAAAAAUGAAAAGAGAAAUCAAAAUAUUAAUGAAUUAUAUGAUUUAAAAAGUAUAAAUCCUAAUGAAAAUAGAAUUAGAAAUUCUAUUAUUCCUGUCAAUUUUCCUGUAAAAAAUUAUUAUAAUUUUCAAUUAUUGUUAAAUGUUUUAAAAGGAAAACAGUUAUAUAAUUCAUUUAAUCCAGAUACAGGAAAAAUGCAAAAUAAUAAUGAUAUGAAUUUAAAAAAUAAUAAAAAGAAUUAUUCUAUUUCUUCAGUAGGAUUUAGUAAUAGAAGCAAAAGAUGGACUAUUUGCCCCUCAUAUAUUUGCUGCAAUAGCGCAUUGUGCAGAUUUAAAUUAACAUGUAAUUUUAAAUUUUUACAAUUCAACCAAGCUUAUAACACUUUUAAUAUUCCAUAUGCUAUUUAUAAUUGCUAUAAAAAUAUUAUGAAUAAUUACCAUUAUUUCACAUCAACAUUAUGCCCACAACAGACUUAUUUGUCAAAACAUUCAGCACAAGAACAUGAAACUAUAUUCAACGUUUAUUGGCAUUUAUUAAACAAUGAAAAAUAUAAAUAUAUACAGAAUAUUAUAUUAUUUUUAGACAGUAAUUUAUAUACAAGAGCGGUAUGGUUAUUAAAAAAAGGACACAAUAUGAAUGAUUUUGAAGUUCAGAGGGCUGAAAAGAAAUUAAUAAAAUUAAUGCUUUUAGUAUUUAAAUUUACUUAUGAAUUUAAGAACGAUAAUGACAAAUAUGAACAUAUAAAGUCAUUUUUGUAUUCAAUUAAGAAUAGUCAUAUAAAUUUUGAAAUUAUGAAUCGAUUUUUAUUUUAUUAG